AUGAAGGUUAAAGUCAAUAAAGUAGUCUUCAAACAAACCGGUAAGGCCGUCAAACAUAUUUCAUUAUCCAAUGAUGGUAAUUUGGAAGAGAAUAUACGUUUGAUUGAUAAAAGGGAUCAGGAAAUUGAAACGAAAAAUGGUAAAUAUGUAGACACCUUUAAAAUGGAAGUAGAAAAUGAUAAGGAUAUCAUUGGAAUCAAAGAUUUAGAUAUGAUAUUGGAGACGGAAAAUCCACCAUCAACCAACAUUGUCAAAAUUCCACGACACGUACACGGAUCAAUAGAAUCGAGCAGUCACGAGUUGUUACGAACAACAGACUUUGAAUACGUAAAACUAUAUUUCGCUUUAGGUGAAAAAUACACCUCGAUCGAUGUUCAUAAAAGUCAACAAGAACGAGAGUUUAUAGUACAUUUAAUGUUUGCCGAAGGUUCCGACUCCAUCCUUGAAGGUGGUGGUUUUAUUUCUAGAGCCAAGAUAAACAUCGAAAAAGAAAAAAUGAAAUAUUCCUAUCAUCUUAAAGAGGACCAUACGAAAAAAGAAAUGUCGUUAGUACGCGUAAAUGUUUUUACUUUUAAUACCCGCAAAUAUAAUAAUGCUAGGCCAAACAAGCACGCUCUAUACGAUAUUCCGUGGUUCUAUUUAUCGGAAAUUCACUUAAUUUAA